AUGAAGUUCUUGUCCCUUCUUGCCGCUGCCUCCACGGCGACGGCUCAUACCAUCUUUGUCCAGCUCGAUGCCGGGGGCAAGGUGUAUCCUGUCUCGCACGCUAUCCGGACUCCCACCUAUGAUGGCCCGAUCACCAACGUUAACUCGAAUGACUUGGCCUGCAAUGGGGGGCCAAACCCGACAAUGAAGUCGAAUGAGGUCAUCACCGUCCAGGCAGGCACGACGGUCAAAGCGGUGUGGAGGCACACGCUGACUUCGGGGCCGAAUAAUGUCAUGGAUGCUUCCCACAAGGGGCCGACGUUGGCGUAUUUGAAAAAGGUUAGCAAUGCGCUGACCGACACGGGGAUUGGAGGGGGGUGGUUCAAGAUUCAGGAGGAUGGCUAUAACGGGGGGAAUUGGGGGACCAGCAAGGUUAUCAAUAAUGCUGGGUUGCAUUAUAUGUUUGUUUCCCCCCCCCCCCCCCCCUUUUUUUUUUUUUCUUUUUUCCUCUCUCUGUUGUAUGAACUUUCGUGGUUGAUAUCAAUGGAAUGCGCCCAAAUCAACAUCGUCGGCGGGACUGGCGCGGUCUCGCCCAAGACGUACUCCAUCCCCGGCAUCUACAAGUCCAACGACCCGGGUAUUUUGGUCAACAUCUACUCCAUGACCACGUCCUCAAAGUACACCAUCCCUGGCCCACCCCUCUUCACCUGCGCCGGCGGCAGCGGAGGAUCAGGUCCGGUGACGACCCAACCUGAACCAGUGGUGGAGGAGGUGCCGGUCCCGACCCAGCCAGAGCCGGUGGACAGCGGGUGCGAGGCUGCGCAGUGGCAGCAGUGCGGUGGGCAGAAUUAUUCUGGUUGCACCAGGUGCGCGGCUGGGUUUACGUGUAAGAAUAUCAAUCAGUACUAUCAUCAGUGCUCGUAG